AUGGCGGUGGCGGCGCCAUCCUUCCCCGGGAUGGUGCAAUGGUGGGAGGAGUGGCAGCUCCGCGUGCUCGCUCUCACCAGCCUCUUCCUCCAGCUCUUCCUCCUCGUCUCGGCCACGUUCCGCAAGUACCGCGUCCCGGCGCUCCUCCGGUCAUGCAUCUGGCUGGCCUACCUCGGCGGCGACGCGCUGGCGAUCUACGCCCUCGCCACCGUCUUCAACCGGCACAGGCAAACGGCCAGCACAGAUCAUGGCUCCGUGCUGGAGGUGAUGUGGGUGCCCGUCUUCCUCGUCCACCUCGGCGGCCAGGACAGCAUAACCGCGUACAACAUCGAGGACAACGAGCUGUGGGCGCGGCACGCCGUGGCCAUGUCGUCCGAGGCGGCGGUGGCCGUCUACGUGUUCUGGAGGUCAUGGUCCGGCGGCCAGGUGCCGGAGAGCUCCCCGGCGCUGUUGCUGUUCGCCGCUGGGUUCCUCAAGCUAGGCGAGCGGCUGUGGGCUCUCCGGCGAGCCAGCUUUACCAGGCUAGCCGCCGUGAGCGGCUACGUACAGAGCCAGGCUACUGGUGACCAUGUCCCUAGGCCCAAAGACAAUUACGUGUUCCAUGUCCAUCCGCUGAUCGAACCCGAGCUCCAAGAUGUGCUCAUGGAGCUCUUCGUCGACUUCCCUGCACCCUAUCCUCGCCGCCUUGCCUACCUCAGGUCGUUCUUGGCGCUUGAGGACGACGACGCCUACGAGGAGCUCUGCGCCCUGCUAAAUCAGGCGUUCCAGUUCUUCUACACCAAGAAAGAGGCCGCUCGCAAGGACGGGUUUGACGGCAGCGAUGUCGUGGUGUCAUACGUCCUGCUCUGCUCGACGCUCGUGCUCGAGAUCUGCGCCCUGCUGUGGCUAGCCGAUUGGCGAUUCGUCACGUCGCGGAUCCAGCCGGAGAUGCAGCGCACGGUUGCGCAGUUCAACCUAAUCGGCUUCGCCACUCGUAGACGGUGGCCAACCAUGGUGGUGAUGCGGAUAGCGGCGUUGUUCAGAUGCAAAAAGUAUGUCAACCAGCACUGGUAUCUUGGGCAUCUUUCGUCAACCCCCAUAAUCAUAGAGUUCAUCGGCAAAGACUUGAAAUCUAGAUGGGUGGAUGAUCUAACCAACGCCGCCGCCUACCGGAGAUUCAAUGACCGGAGAGGCCAGUGGACUCUCCGGCGAGAGAGGUGCUACCAAGAGUUGGGAUGGAGCGUGACCGAGCUGCCGUUUGACGAGGCCGUCCUUGUCUGGCACAUCGCCACGGACAUCUACCUCGAUUGCAAUAAUGGCAUCGAAAAUCCACCGGCUACCGCCGAUGAGCGCGCCGCCGUGAAAUGCUCGCGUGAGAUAUCCAACUACAUGAUGUACCUGCUCUUGUUCCAACCGGACAUGCUAAUGCCCGGCACCCGACAGAGCCUGUUUGCUGUGGCCUGUCGCGAAAUCAAGCACGCGUUGAGGGACCAGAGGCAGCGGCUCGAUGAGAGGGGAGUUGCACGUUGGAUUUCUGAAAACCCAAAUGCUGCACAACCUGGAGACCAUCUCGCAGCUGCACGUAGGCUUGCCGAAGCGAUGAUGCAGAUGAACGAUGCAGGAAGGAUGUUGAAGGUUAUCAGUGGGGUGUGGGUGGAGAUGAUAUGCUACUCCGCGAGCAGAUGCAGGGGAUUCCUGCACGCCAAGAGCUUGGGUGCCGGCGGGGAGUUCCUCACUGUCGUCUGGCUCCUACUACAUAGAAUGGGCAUGGAGGUCUUGGCCGACAAGCUCCAGAAGCCGGAGAUUCCUCGACAUGUACAAAUUCUUCCUUAG